AUGCCGCCCGCCUCCGAAUCCGAAUCCGGCCAAUCCAACCCCGUCGAUUCUGAGCAACGGCUCCGCGCAUACGGCGUCUUCGUCGAUACUCAAAACGCUCUUCCCGACGCUCUCAACGAGUAUAUCAACGUCCUCAUCAAGGCUCCACGCGAGCACACGUCGCCUUCGGCCAGGAACAUGGGCAGGAAACAAGGUCGGGCGCGAGCAGGCAGCGAGCAGGCAGGCAUUGAUCUCCUCAAGGACCAUCUGCUGUUCGUCGGGGAGGCAGACGGAGGCAUACCGCUCAUUACCUACCUGCCACAAGUCAACCUAAGCCGAACCUAUCUCCCCGCACCUCCCACCGAAUUGGUCGCGAAAGAGCUGGGUCUUCUCACGCAACCCCGGCCGGAUUCGCUCGUUGGCUACAUCACAUCGACCGAGGCGGAGACAUGCGGUUCGAAAGCUCCAAUAACGCCCGAGCAAGAACGGAUCUUCCUCAAGAAUACGCUGACGUCGAGCGUACAUUUUCCGUUCCUUAGCUGCCAAUGGAAGAGCUCGAAGAAGACCCAAAACGAAGCAAUGCUCCAGGCGGCGCGCGAUGGCUCUACCAUCAGCAACUAUCUCCACGACUUCUUCACCGCAGCCGGCCACGAACCGUCUUUGAUUGACACGAGCCACUUCUCCUUGACGUGCGACAUGAAUACUGUGCACUUGUGGGUGCAUUGGCGGCAGGAGGAGGGAGACGUCAAACACUUCAUGAAGAUUAUCGGCCAAGCCUUCCUGCGCGAUAUCGACGAUGACGGGAACCCACAACUUGUGAAGAUCAGGAAGAUGCUGCGCAACCUACUCGACUACGCCGUAGGUGCCCGGCUUCAAAAGAUCAGGAGCGCAAUACCCGAUCUGGAGGCAAACAAGGCACGAAAACGCAGCCAAUCGCCACGAAAAGGACGGCGCUGUUCCCCAACCAAGUGUGGGUCAGACACCCUCUCGCUUCCGAGUGCCAAAUCCAGCAACAACCUUUUCAACAUGCCGCCACCGCACCUGCCCUCACCGACGCUCAGCGAAACCAAGAAACAGAAGCUAGACCCCGGGGCGCCGGACUAG